UCUACGAUGUCGGACGCCGUGGAGGAGCCGCCACUUUACCUGACCCCCCAGUUCUUCCGUCGCAGCCUGGAGCACGGAUUGCAGCAGCUGGAGCUGCAGGUGAUGGGCGUCCAGCUGACCAACUUGACCCGCGGCGGGGAGAACUACUGCAGCAACAUCUACCGGGCGCAGAUCAGGUAUCGCAAUGCGGAGAACUGCGUCCUGGAGACGUCCCUGAUCGUCAAGUCCAUGCCGGACGAGAAGCAGGCCAUCCUGGCGCGCCUGCACAUCUACAACAAGGAGACCAUCUUCUACACGACCAUCAAGCCCAAGUUGGAGGCGCUGAUGUGGCGGGCCAGCAGUUCGAUGGAUGCCUGGACUUUGGGCGCCAAACACUACUACUCCACCACCCAGCCGGAGCAGACGAUCAUCUUCGAGGACCUGUGCUCCCGGGGCUACCAGCUGAAGUGCCGCCAGUUGGGCCUGGACUUCGAGCACUCGGCGCUGGUCAUGCGCAAACUGGCCGAAUACCAUGCAGGCACCAUGGUGAUGGGCGAACGGGAGCCGGAGACGAUCGUUGAUCGGUAUCCCUUCGGCCUGCUCCACAUGGACGCCAUCAAGUCGGAGCCCUUCAAGCUGCUCUUCGGCACUCAGCUGCUGAAGCUGGCCGCCCUGGUGGGCGACUGCGAGGGAUUCGGCGGGAUAACCACGAAGCUCUAUCGCUACCACGAACACUUCACCGAGCGCGUGCUCAAGGCGGUCUACCCGCUUCGCGGCCAGCACAAUGUCCUCAAUCACGGGGACCUUUGGGUGAACAACAUAUUCUUCAAGUACGAUCCGAACUACAAGGUGCAGCAGGUGAAAAUCAUUGACUUCCAGCUGUGCUUCUACGGCAGCCUGGGCUUCGACAUAAACUACUUUUUGAACACCAGUUUGGAGCUGGAGGUGCUGCGUGACCGGCGGCAGGAGCUAAUCGAGAUAUACUACCAGGUGCUGGUGGACACUUUGAAGCAGCUGCCGUGGUCGAAGCCACUGCCCAGCCACGAGGAGGUCCUGGAAGAGAUCAGGAAGCGCGAGGCCUACGGCUUCUUUGUGGCCUUCGGCUUCUUUCCGCUGAUGAGCAUGAUCGGCGUGGACUCCGAGGAUAACUCGCUGAAGAACUUCCACGACGAGACAUUCGCCAGGCAGAAGGUGCAGCUGAUGUUCGAGGGAAACACUCGGACGCUGGAGAGCCUAAAAUGCACCCUCAAGCGUUUGGAUGAGCUGCAGCUCUUUGACUAAACAAAUAGAUCGAGUGCCUAUUUUUUUUUUUUUUUUUUUCAAAUAAACGACCAAGUUUUUUAUACCUUUACAGGUAAAAAUACAAAUCAAGAGUGUCUUUAAAAAAUUUCAAAACAUAUAGUUUGAUUAAUACUUUUCGAGUUUUUACGUUAUCAGAGUAAAGAUCACUACAUAUUAUUUUUAAACAUGAAAGUGCGGAUUUAGGUUUUUCUGUAAUAUAAAUCGUUGUCAAGAAUACAAUU